GCUCCGCUCUCUAUCCGCCGCUGUUUUCUGCUUUCUGCCCAUGGACAGAGGAGCGAUGCUGACCGCGGCUCUGCUGUGCUGCUGGAGCUGCUCUGUGUAUUUGGUCACAGCCAUCCGGAGGACAGAUCUGUUUCCUUAUGGGACUUUGCAUGGAGAUGCAAUUCUACCAGAGGGCGACGAUGAGACUUCCAGAGCGCUGACCCUUCCUAGACCCCUUUACUUUUUUGACUCCUCUUUCUCCCAGCUCUACGUGGCCACCAAUGGGAUCAUCUCGGCCCAGGACCUGCCGAUGGAACAGCAGUAUGUUGACGACGGCCUCCCUACAGACUUCCCCGUGGUGGCACCUUUCCUGGCUGACAUUGAUACCAGUGGAGGACGAGGACACAUUUAUUACCGGGUUACUGGGACCCCUGGCAUCCUGAAUAGAGUCACCCAGGAGGUGAACCGUGGCUUCCCAGACGCAAAAUUCACUCCCACACAGGCUGUGGUGGCAACAUGGGAAAACGUGGCGGCGUAUGAAGACCAAGCUCGAGCCGCUGGUCCUUCGAACAAGGUCAAUACCUUCCAAGCUGUGAUUGGAUAUGAUGAAACCGACUCGUACGUUCUCUUUCUUUACCCUGAAGAUGGACUUACGUUUUUUGGGACACGGCCUAAGGAGUCCUAUAAUGUGGAGAUAGAGCUUCCUGCUAGAGUCGGCUUCAGUAGAGGAGAAGUUUCUUAUUUCAUCAUUUCCAAAACCGAUGGACCUUUUUACAGCGUUACCCAGGAUGAAGACAGUGUUAAAAGGCUUUCUCAGGUUGGAAACACUGGAAUAGCAGGCGUUUGGCUUUUCCACACUGGAAGACGUUACUUCUUCCAAGACAUCAUUCCUGCAUCUACUGGUGGUCUCCUUGUUAUCCCGCCUACUGUUGGAUAUAGCCCCUACCUGGACACAACCACCCCUGAAUAUGAGUUUGAAGAUUAUACCUUUGAGCCAGAGACAGAAGAAGAGGAGGGUAGCCAAACACUGACAGGCAGAGACCCAGAGUACCAACCAGAUCCCCGUGGUAGCGAGCACUCAGACUCUCUUCAACCUGGAGGUUUCGCGCCUCCUCCUCAUUCAGAAGACUCUGAUCGGCAGAUAUCAUACAAAAGAGAAGAUGUACCAUUGCCUUUGGAGCCGGUAGAAAGGCAAUACGGUGCUCCUCGUGUUGGCAUCCAAGAAGGACGGGUCCAGGAACAGCAACCACAGCUUAAUUUGGACGUGGUGGACUUGUUUCCACCCCUUACAAGCAAAGUAGCCCUGUCUCCUGGAGGACACGUGGUCAGUGUGGAUGAAGAUGAUGUUGACUUUGACACAGGAGUGAUCCAGUACACAACGGAGAAUAAGGAAACGUGUGCCAGGUUCCAGAGGCAAUGUUCCCAGAAUGCAUUCUGUUCAGAUUAUCCCACAGGAUUUUGCUGUCACUGCCAAACAGGCUUCUACGGAAAUGGCCGCCAAUGUCUACCAGACGGUGCUCCUCAGCCUGUCAGCGGUAAGGUGAGUGGGACGGUGACGGUCGGCUCCACUCCGUUUGAGCUGAAUGACAUCGACCUUCAUGCCUACAUCGUGGUUGGAGACGGUAGAGCAUACACAGCUAUUAGUGAGGUGCCAGAGUCAUUGGGCUGGCCCAUGAUGUCCGUUUCACCAAUCGGAGAGCUUUUCGGAUGGCUGUUUGCUCUGGAGCUGCCCAAUAGCCAGGCAGGAUUUAAAAUCACAGGUGCCGAGUUCAGUCGUCAUGCUGAGGUGCUGUUUAACCCUGGGAACCAGCGCCUGUCCAUCAUCCAAACAGGCCGUGGCCUUGACGAACACAACCACCUCAGCGUGGAUACAGCAAUCAAUGGCAAUGUGCCAUACAUCCCCCCUGGAGCUGAGGUUACUAUGGAGCCCUUCAAGGAGACCUACCAAUACUACCCAUCUGUUACAACCUCCAGCUCCGUCAGGCGGUUUUCCGUUGUUUCAGCUGAACGGGGCGCAGAGUCCUACACUUUCCACCUGAAGCAGAACAUCACCUAUCGUGACUGUCGCCACAACAGCCAGGCCGCCGCCCCUGAGACGCUGCAGAUCAACAUGGAGAGGGUGUUUGUGAUGUACGACAAGGAGGAGCAGAUCCUGAGAUACGCCGUGACUAACAAGAUCGGCCCGGUUGGAGCAGAUACUUCUGUGGUCGAGCUGUUGAACCCCUGCUAUACUGGGAGCCAUGACUGCGACACCACAGCCCAGUGCAUCCCACUGGAGGGACAGUCUUUCCGGUGCCAGUGUGCCACUGGUUAUAGAGGAGAUGGACAGAACUGUAACGACAUUGAUGAGUGUGCAGAGGGUUUGAGCUCUUGUGGCGAACACUCCCAGUGCCUCAACCUUCCUGGUACACACCGCUGCCAGUGCCAGAGCGGCUUUGAAUCCAGCUACGACGGCCAUACUUGCGUUGACAUAGAUGAGUGCAGCUCCUCUCCAUGUCACAUCAAUGCCAGAUGCAUCAAUGAUCUCGGAUCCUUCCAGUGUCAGUGCCUGCCUGAAUAUUAUGGGGAUGGGUUCCAGUGUUCCCCUCGGUCAGAUCGGCUGAGGAGCCAAUGCGAGCAGCACAGAGAACGUCUACAGAGUGAAGGACAAACAAGUGUUGGAGCUUACAUCCCUCAGUGCGAUUUUGAUGGACAGUAUCAACCACGGCAGUGCCAUGGUUCUACUGGACAAUGUUGGUGUGUGGACAGUAGAGGAGAGGAAAGACCGGGAACCAGGACUCCCCCUGGAGCAGCGCCUGUUGAAUGUGAAACACCAGAUCGCCCAAAGACUCAAUGUGAGCACCACAGAGACAGUGUUCGGACCGACAGUAACGAUGGACGUCUAAUAAAUGGAGCUUAUGUACCUCAGUGUGAUGAAAAUGGGCAGUACAGACCUCUGCAGUGCCACGGCUCUACUGGAUAUUGUUGGUGUGUGGACAGUAGGGGGGAAGAAAGACCAGGAACCCGUUCUCCACCUGGUUCACCCCCCAUAGACUGCGACAAACCUGAUCGUCCAAAAAGCCUCUGUGAGCACCACAGAGACAGUGUUCAGACCACAGACUCGGAUGGACGGCCUCUUCUUGGAGCUUUUGUUCCUCAGUGUGAUGAAAAUGGACAGUAUCUCCAACAGCAGUGCCAUGGUUCUACUGGACAUUGUUGGUGUGUGGACAGUAGGGGGCAGGAGAGAGCAGGAACCAGGACUCCACCUGGUACACCUUCUGUGGACUGCAGCAGAGCAGAUGAGCCAGAACGUCCAAAGACUCGCUGUGAGCAUCACAGAGACGGCGUUCAGAACUCCGGUUCAGAUGGACUUCCUCCAAUUGGAGCCUACGUACCUCAGUGUGAUGAAAAUGGACAGUAUCUACCAGAACAGUGCCAUGGUUCCACUGGACAUUGUUGGUGUGUGGACAGCAUUGGACAGGAGAGGUUGGGAACCAGGACGCCACCCGGGUCACUCCGUGUAGACUGUAGCAGAGAAGGUGAGCCAGAGCGUCCAAAGACUCACUGUGAGCUUCACAGAGACAGUUUUCUGGCCUCCGGUUCAGAUGGACGUCCUGUCGUUGUAGCCUACGUACCUCAGUGUGAUGAAAACGGGCAGUAUCUACCAGAGCAGUGCGACGGUUCUACCGGAUACUGUUGGUGUGUAGAUGAAAGGGGGCAGGAGCUGGCAGAAACCAGGACUCCACCUGGUACGCCUCGUAUGAACUGCAGCACAGCAGAUGAGCCACAGCGUCCAAAGACUCACUGUGAGCAUUACAGAGACAGUGUUCAGACCUCCAGUACAGAUGGACUUCCUCCAGUUGGAGCCUACGUACCUCAGUGUGAUGAAAACGGACAGUAUCUACCAGAACAGUGUGAUUAUUCCUCUGGACAUUGCUGGUGCGUGGACAGUCAAGGACAGGAAAGAGGAGGAACCAGGACUCCACCUGGUUCACCUCGUGUAGACUGCAGCAGAGAAGAUGAGCCACAGCGUCCAAAGACUCACUGUGAGCAUUACAGAGACAGCGCUCAGACCUCCAGUCCAGAUGGACUUCCUCCACUUGGAGCCUACGUACCUCAGUGUGAUGAAAGCGGACAGUAUCUACCACAACAGUGCCAUGGUUCUACUGGACAUUGCUGGUGUGUGGACAGCAGAGGACAAGAGAGAGCAGGAACCAGGACACCACCUGGUGCCACACCUGUAGACUGCAGCAGAGGAGAUGAGCCACAACGUCCAAAGACUCACUGUGAGCAUUACAGAGACAGCGCUCAGACCUCCGGUCCAGAUGGACUUCCUCCACUUGGAGCCUACGUACCUCAGUGUGAUGAAAGCGGACAGUAUCUACCACAACAGUGCCAUGGUUCUACUGGGCAUUGCUGGUGUGUGGACAGCAGAGGACAAGAGAGAGCAGGAACCAGGACUCCACCUGGUGCCACACCUGUAGACUGCAGCAGAGGAGAUGAGCCACAGCGUCCAAAGACUCACUGUGAGCAUUACAGAGACAGUGUUCAGACCUCCGGUCCAGAUGGACUUCCUCCACUUGGAGCCUACGUACCUCAGUGUGAUAAAGACGGACACUAUCUACCACAACAGUGCCAUGGUUCUACUGGACAUUGCUGGUGUGUGGACAGCGAGGGACAAGAGAGGGCAGGAACCAGGACUCCACCUGGUACACCUCGUGUAGACUGUAGCAAAGCAGAUGAAUCAGAGCCUCCUAAAACUCGGUGUCAGAAUCAUAAGGAAAGGGGAUAUGUACCUCAGUGUGACGAUGAUGGACAGUACAUACCACUGCAGUGCCAGCCCUCCACCGGUUAUUGUUGGUGUGUCAACAAAGAUGGAGAGGAGAGAGAAGGAACCAGGACACCGCCUGGGACUCAACCAAAGGACUGUACGAAACCAGCAUCUAACAGUCGAGUGGAGAGCGUGUGUGAACGCUGGAGAGCCAGUUUGAUCGAGCAAUAUGGUGGAAAACCAGACCCGCAGCAGUAUUUGCCUCAGUGCGAACCAGAUGGAGAAUUCAGUCCCGUCCAGUGUUACGGGGAGUCCACUUACUGUUGGUGUGUGAACAAGGAGGGACAGGAAAUCACUGGUACUCGUUCACACGAUGCUGUCAAACCAGCGUGCCUCCCAACAGUGGCACCCCCCGUCGUACGUCCCGUGACCCGUCCAGACGUGACUCCUCCGGCAAACACCGACGUCACUCUCCUCUACGCUCAGGGGCAGAAAAUAGGAGCUCUGCCUCUGAACGGGACCAGACUGGAUGCAGCGCGCUCCAGUACUCUGCUGACGUUACAUGGCUCCAUUGUUGUCGGCAUAGCCUAUGACUGCAAAGAAAAUAAAGUCUAUUGGACGGAUUUGUCAGCGAGGACGAUAAACAGAGCUUCUGUGGCAACCGGAGCUGAGCCUGAGAUACUCAUCAGCACAGGUCUCUUCAGUCCGGAAGGCUUGGCUGUGGACACCAAACGCAGGUUGAUGUUCUGGGUCGACUCGAACACAGAUGUGAUUGAAAGUGCUGACCUGGACGGCAGCAGAAGGCGGACCCUGUUUGACUUGGACUUGGUUAACCCCAGAGCCAUUAUAGUGGUCUCAUCCACUGGGAGUCUAUAUUGGACUGACUGGAACAGGGAGGCUCCUAAGAUCGAGACCUCCACCGUGGACGGUCAGGGCCGCAGAGUGGUGGUGUCUGACGGGGUCGGUUUGCCAAACGCUCUGACGUACGACUUCUCCUCUGGACAGAUCUGCUGGGCGGAUGCCGGUACAAAGCGGUUAGAGUGCAUCUCUCCAAAUGGCUCUGGACGAAGAGUGAUCAGCUCUGGGCUCAACUACCCCUUCAGCAUGGUCUACUACAGCAACCACUUCUACUGCAGCGACUGGAGGAGGGAUGGAGUGAUCGCUGUGAGCAAAGACAGCAGCAAGUUCACUGAUGAAUACCUGCCAGAGCAGCGCUCUCACCUGUACGGUAUCACCAUAGCAACCAGCCAUUGUCUACCAGGUAGCCACUAACAACGGAUCAGGAGCCGCACAGUCAUUUGGUGCUUUAGUCAUGGGAGCCCAUCACAGACUGCCUUAACAUGGGAGCAGAUCAGGAGGCAGACCCCCCCCCCCCCCAUCCUCACCCACAAAAUAUAACCCAAAGUAAAUGUUUUGUAAAUUUGUUUUAUACCUCAUUUUUUUCUACUUUUUUUUAAUUGUUAAUUUGUUUUUUAUCACAGCUGUAAAACAAUUUAGAAGCUCCACCAUGUGUGUGGUUUUCCUACCACUUAAAGGGACAAUCCAGGAUUUUUAAAAGUAGGAUUCAGAUAAAGCGCCGCCUUAAAACGACCAUCUCUUGCCGUUAUUUGGAAAGGCCACCGAUUUAAAGACACACUGUUUAACUUUUGGCCACUGGGGGCGCUGGACCUGUAACUGCCUGUAUUUUGCUUCUACUAAACAUUGAAAAUAACAACAAAGAUCUAUGACUGUAUACUAGGAGCAAAGUGUUAACUUACCAGUCUAAUAAUAAAGCUGAUGAAAGAGAAUCGGUUUUACAUCCAGCCUGCGCCAACGAACAAACUCAUUUCCAAAAUCGAUUCCUUUUUCCGCAGGCACAUCCCUUCAUGUUUUCUCUUUUUAUCCUCCUCAGAAGGUUUAAACUUUUUCAUUGCCUCAGCCAUGACCGGUAGUCAAAAAAAUAGAGCAAAAGCCAUGACUCCAUGAUACGUUCUUCCAGGUCACAUGACCUGGCCAACGGGGGUAUUUAAAGAUGGGAGGCCCACUCGUAGCAUUCAAGCACUGUACAUGGCCUGAGGAAUCAUUUAAAAUAAGUCAUAUGCAUCAACUCUUUAGGUCAAUAAGUCCACCUUUAGCUUAAAGACAGGAAAUAAGCUGAAGCUGAUGCUUUUAUACUGUCCAGUGGGAGCGAGUUUCACUCAGUUUUCAUUUCACAGACAUUUGUGUGAUCUUAUUAAUCUUAAAUUGAACUCAGCAGUAUUAAUAUGGAUUUAGAGCCAGUAGGUGUUAAACUGCAAGAAGCGUUGGUUUCAUCAGGACAUAUUUCCUUGCGUUAGCUAUAAGAAAUAGAUUUUUUUCUCUCUCUGUCCAAGAAGUUGUAACAUAAAAUGGUGCAAAUAAUAUUAUUUUUUUUCAAACUCACUGCCAAAAGCAAAUCUGUUUUUUCUGGGAUGAAACCGGUCGGAUUGCAGCAGCUACAGUCCUGUUAAUUUGCUGAAUAUUUUCACAUUUUAAACCUUUUCUUGUUAACGAGAUGUGAUAUUUAUAUCAAUAAAAUGUGAUUUGAUACCGGG